AUGCUGAUCAUGAAAAGGAUGAGCGGAAUCGGCACACCCGAUCGAUUUAUCGUGGCGAGAAGCAAGCUUGAGCUCCGCCGUGAUGAUGGAUGCAGUGUCACGCCGGAUUUUCGGCCAACGUCGGCGGAGCCCUUUGCGAACUUUCGCAGGUACAACGUGCCUUGCCGUGUCGUGUCGGCAAGUGUCCGUGUUCUGAGUCGCGACCCAACGAAAGCUGAGACACGGCAAGCUGCCCGAGAGACAGAAAUUGGCAAAUCGAAGCUGGAAUCUGGGCUCUGCCGGCCAAUAUGUCGGAAACUUCCAGCCCUUGCCGAGAAACGCUCGCCACUUGCAGUUGUUCCAUUCGGGUAA